CUCUCUACAUGCUGAUGGAUGUUAAGAGGAACUUGGAGAGGAUUAUGGGGAGAAGCGGUUUUGAGAAUCCCAUGGUUUUUUAUCCUGAGCUGGAGUUGAAGAUCUGGGAAUUUUGUGAUACGAAUCUCUUCCUAAAUUGUCUUAUGAAGCAAUUAAAAGAUGCGUUCUUACCCAGACGUCCUCUGCAAAAAGCAAAUGUCACUCUGGAUCCAGAUACAGCUUACUCCCGAUUCAUCCUGUCUCAGGACUGGAAAAGUGUGACCUGGGGUGACAAGUGUCAAGACCUGCCUAACAGACCUCAGCGAUUUGACACAUGUGCCUUUUUGCUGGGAUGUCAGGAAUUUACGUCCGGCAGACAUUUCUGGGAAGUCAGUGUGGUGGAUGAAGGAGCAUGGAACGUGGGGAUUGCCAGAAAGUCAGUGAGGAGAAAAGGCCCUGUUGGUUUUGGUGUCAAGGAAGGAAUCUGGGCUGUGGGGAAGUGGGAUGGAAGAUACUGGACUACCAACCACCCUCAUUCCCCUCAUCUGACUCUGAAGAAGGAGCCCAAGAGGAUCCGAGUGUCUUUGAACUACGAGGAGGGACGGGUGGCCUUUUACGAUGGGGAUACAAGAGCCCUUCUUUUCACAUUGUCUGAAGCCUCAUUUGCAGGAGAACCUCUGCUCCCCUUCUUUUAUGUGAAUGGGACAGGCUGCCUCAGAAUUUCUUCUUAAGACUCCCAAGCAGCGUGACCUCAGUAAACCCUAUUUUCCUCACCGGGAUGAUUAAUCUAGAGAUCAACUGUUUUAUUGGUCUAGAUCCUGCUUUCACUUUCUGUAAGAGUUCUCAGAGAAGCUUUGGCACACAGUCCCUAAAAAGUCAAAGAAGACAAGAACCUGUAUUUAAGACUCCCUUACCUAGGUCCUUAUCACACUACGGUGUUAUGCUGCCUUAUAACAUUUGAAAACCUCUUCAGAGGUAUUUGCAGUGAUAGCUGAUUGCUGAUGCUGUGUGUCACACCCUUGCAACAUUUGCAUUGUAAUAGUAUGAUUCGCACAGUUUUUUUAUCUGCACUAAUGCUUGUAUCACCACCCCAUUUGUCCUACCUUGCGUUUCAUCAGGGAUGUAGCCGGGGGGGGGGGAAGCGGGGGGUCCGGACCCCCCCCUUCCAUUAGAAAAAUGAAUGGUGUGUGCUGCUGCGCCGCCGCACUCAAGCCCCAUUAUAAUGGUGGCACUUAGUCUGGACCCCCCCCUUCCUAAAAUCCUAGCUACGUCCCUGGUUUCAUGAUUUGCAUAUCUGCUUAUAGCACACCCAUAAUUGCCCAAAUCUCUUGUUGUGAGAGGUGGCACAGGAAGAGAAACAGGUCACACCAUCCCCUGCCAUUUUUAAUGUCUUUUUCCUGUGAAAACAGAAGUGCUUAUUAUGCUAGUCAGUUGUACAUUUACAGCACUACAGAAAUAAACUAUAAUAAUAAUAAUAAUAGUAAUAAUUUGUUUUAUUUAUAUACCACUAUUCCAAAGAUCAUAGCGGUGAGCAGCAAGUAAGCUAAUUAGCAAGUAAGCUAAUUUGCCCCCAACAGUCUGGGUACUCAUUUUAGCGACCUCGGAAGGAUGCAAGCCUAAUAAUAAUAAUAAUAAUCCUGUUCAAAACCGCCUCAGUCGUACUCAUUAAGCUAGAAUAACGCUGGUACAGCACAAAUUCAUUACUGUACACCUAUUACAGAGGUGACAUAGGAAGAGAAAUGGAUCCCCCCCCCCCCCCUACCCCUUUUGAUAUCUUUUUCCUGUAAAAAAACAAAAACAAAAGUAUGUCAUGGUAGUCCUUUAAAAACAAUUAAUUUGUACUCAUUGAGCCAUUAAUGCUACUAUGGCAUGAUAUUAUAAUGUUAUUUCAGCAUUACCUCAAAAAUAAAUACAAUUUUUUU